AUGGCUAGCGUUACCGAAGUUGUCAAGGAGAAGUUGGUGGGCAGCACAGAAGAGCCUCAGCUGUCGCACCAAUCUCGCGCGACUUUCUUCCGCCAUGCGCAAAAGGAUGAAAAUGGCGAGUCGUUCAUGACCGAGCAGGAUUUCAUCAGCGCCGUCGCUCCCAAACAGGAGGACUACCACAAAAUCAAGCGUGAGCAAUAUGGCAUCCUCUUUCAUGUGGCAGACCGACGGAAAACCGGCAAGCUCAACCUGUCCGACUGGGCUACCUUCGAGAACCUCCUUGCGAAGCCCGACGCUGAGUACGAGAUUGCGUUUCGUCUGUUUGACUUCGAUGGAUCCGGCACCGUCAAACAGCAGACAGCAUUCCAUUCGACUGGAACUCAGAAUGGGCUUCGCUGUACUGGACGCACCAAAUCCCGCCACGACAUGACCUACCCUCAAUUCUCCCAAAUGCUGCGCGGGCUCCAGGGUGAGCGCAUUCGACAAGCAUUCCACUCUUUCGAUAAAGAUGGAGACGGAUACAUCGAGCCGGAGGACUUCCAGCGCAUUAUCCUAGAGACGUCCAAGCACAAGCUCUCUGACCAUGUCCUUGAGCAUCUUCCCACCCUCUGCAACAUCUCGGCCGGUAACAAGAUCUCCUAUGCCACUGUGCGCGCCUUCCAGAAUAUCAUGCGCGAGAUGGAUAUCAUUGAUGUUGUCGUGCGCGAGGCCACCAACAAGAGCUCGGAUGGGAAGAUCACUCGUUCAGACUUCUUGAACGAGGCGGCGCGAAUCACCCGUUUCUCUUUGUUCACCCCCAUGGAGGCGGAUAUUCUUUUCCAUUUCGCCGGUUUGGAUGCUCCUUCUGGGCGUCUUGCCCAGAAAGAUUUCACAAAAGUCAUUGAUGCUUCAUGGCGGGUGCCUGUAGCCAUUGCCGGUCAAGCUGGUCACGCGGUGGGAAAUGCUGCCCAGAAGACUAAGUCGCUCCUGCAUAGCGUGCUCGAAUCUGUGCAUCACUUUGCUCUCGGUAGCAUUGCUGGUGCUUUCGGUGCUUUCAUGGUGUACCCGAUCGAUUUGGUUAAGACUCGCAUGCAGAACCAGCGGUCUUCUCGGCCUGGUGAGCGCUUGUACAACAACUCUUUGGACUGCGCCAAGAAGGUCAUUCGCAACGAGGGUUUUACUGGCUUAUACUCCGGUGUAUUGCCUCAGCUUAUUGGUGUUGCCCCGGAGAAAGCCAUCAAGCUCACUGUUAACGACUUGGUCCGUGGAUGGGCCACUGACAAGGACACCCAGAAGAUCUGGUAUCCCUGGGAAAUCCUCGCCGGUGGUGCUGCUGGUGGAUGUCAAGUGGUCUUCACAAACCCCCUCGAAAUCGUCAAGAUUCGUCUGCAGGUACAGGGUGAGAUCGCGAAGAACGUUGAAGGUGCCCCUCGCCGUUCUGCUCUCUGGAUUGUGAAGAACCUGGGUUUGGUUGGAUUGUACAAGGGAGCUAGCGCUUGUCUUCUCCGCGAUGUUCCUUUCUCAAUGAUCUACUUCCCCACUUAUGCGCACCUGAAGUCUGAUUUCUUCGGUGAAACUCCCACCAAGCCGCUUAGCGUUGUCCAACUGUUGACUGCUGGUGCCAUUGCCGGUAUGCCUGCUGCAUACCUGACCACACCCUGUGACGUGAUCAAGACUCGCCUGCAGGUCGAAGCCCGCAAGGGUGAGGCCCAGUAUACUAACUUGCGCCAUUGUGCCAAGACUAUCUUAAAGGAUGAGGGGUUCAAGGCCUUCUUCAAGGGUGGACCUGCUCGUAUUCUCCGUUCAUCGCCGCAAUUCGGUUUCACCCUGGCUGCUUAUGAGGUCCUGCAGAACUUGCUUCCUAUGCCAGGCUCACACCAGGACGAGGGUCCUAGUGGCCACGUGGAACCUGCCCUUGGCCUGCAAGGCGCUAAAGCACCUCUGCCUUACCUCCGGUCACGGAAUGCUCUGAAGCUUAUUCUUGACUUGGACCAGAAUAUCGGCCGAGUGCAGGUCCCUCGCCCUGAGAACUGGCCAAAGUUCCUCCAGAGCUCCAAGCAGUAA